UUAUAGUCACUAUAGCGAUCACUAAAAUGUUGUUAUGCACAAUAUAAUAUUAUUUUAAACAACUAAAACAGCUUACGAACAUAUAAUAAUCUCAUUCGUGAAAAUCAAUUUCUCAACAAUAGAACCGCACGCAAUGGCCGCGAACAACACGUCAACCUUGAACGACAUAGACGCCGCGUUGCGCGCCAUCUCCAGACCUUGGAACGGCCUGUUUUCCUGGGCCGAGGACAGGACCGGCAUCAGCCGCCUGAAGCUGUUCUUCGGCGUGGUUUGCGCCACGUGCAUGUUCCUGAUCCCGGGCAGCCUAUACUCGGCGCUGGUCAGCGACCUGCUGGGAUUCGCGUAUCCCGCUUACGCGACCACCGCGCUGAUGAUGCGCACCGUCGAAAAGUUGCCGGCCGCCGACCACCGCUCGUCCGUGUCGCCGGACAAUCGAUGGUUUACUUAUUGGGUUCUGUUCGCCGUCGCGUUGACGGUACAGCAAAUGUGCGGCGGCUUCCUUCGGUAUGUACCAUUAAUUUUCUUAAUAAAGACGGCAUUUUUCAUGUGGUGCGCUGCACCGAUGGAGGCAAAUGGUGCAGCAUACGUAUACGCCGUCGUCGUACGCCGAUAUUUUAACGCCGACAAGCGUUGACCAACACCGCGUAUCGGGAACACGCGCGUGGCGCAAACCGAAGAACGGCUUUUGGCCGACGUCGGUCCCAUGACAAAAUAGAAAGGUAUAUCCAUGAUAUAAUAAACCCUUCCUAUCCAUAGUCGUGGUUCGCCUCAUUUCGAUAGCCGUUAAAUUACGCGCCAAAAAUACAAUUUUGAUUAAAAAUUAAUAAUUAUGAUUUAUGAAUAAUACGAGCUUUUUACUAUGACAAAUUACAUUUUAUCAUUUUUUUGUAUGACGUCUGAUGCAAUUUUUUUUUAUGUUAUUCAUCGAUAUCAAUGUAUUAUGAUAUUUUAAUAUUAACAAAUACAAUCAAUUUGCGAAU